UAGUAUAGUGACAAACAAGUGUUACAUAGUUAAUUUAUUGUGUAUCAUUAUUCCUUAGAGCGAAAACAUGUUGUUAGAGCAAUGGAUUUAUAGAAUCUUGAGCUAGAAUCUAGAUUAAAUAAUUCUAAUGGUGUGUAAUAUAGAUCUAAAAUCUAAAUUAAAAAAGAUUAAUCCGUUUAGAAAUGUUGUUUGUUUGUUUGUGGAGAUAACAAGCCAAAAUGUAAACCAAACAACUUGAAGCCAACAAAAUCAUGGCAGAAUUAAAGUCUCAGUCAAAGACUGGUGGAGGAGAGCAGAAUCUGAUGGUUGCUCUGAGGAUACGUCCGAUGGCUCAGGAUGAGAUUCUUCAAGGAGCUAAUCCAGCAGCUUACAAAGUUGAGAACAAUAUGGUUGUGCUCCUAGAUCCUGCGGAUGACUCCGAUGAUAUCCUCAGAGCCAACAGGUCAAGGGAGAAGCAAUAUGUAUUUGAUUCUAUAUUUGAUGGCACAUGUUCACAGAAAGAUGUGUAUGAAGAAACAACGAAAUUUCUGAUACCAAAUGUGACCAGUGGCUACAAUGCCACUGUCUUUGCUUAUGGUCCUACAGGUGCUGGUAAAACCUAUACAAUGUUGGGUAAAGAUGGUGAGCCAGGAAUUAUGGUGCAAGCAUUGAAUGAUUUGUUUUUGGAAAUGAGACAGAGUACAGAUAAAACAUACAAAGUCACAAUGUCUUAUUUAGAGAUAUACAACGAAAUGAUACGAGAUCUUUUGAAUCCAGAUUCUGGUUUUCUUGAGUUAAGAGAAGAUGCCAAAGGCAGUGUUCAAGUGGCAGGAAUCUCAGAAGUAACAGCCAGGUCAACAGAAGAGGUGAUGAACAUGUUGGUAAAAGGCAAUCUGGAAAGAACGCAGGAGCCAACCGCAGCCAAUGCCACUUCUUCAAGGUCACAUGCUAUCCUCCAGGUGACAGUGAGGCAAAGGAACAAGACUCGCAAUAUUAUGCAGGAAGUCCGGACAGGCCGACUGUACCUUGUAGACUUGGCAGGCUCAGAAAGGGCAGCUAAUACUCACAACAGGGGGAAGAGGAUGGUGGAAGGGGCUCAUAUUAAUCGUUCUUUACUUGCUCUCGGCAAUUGUAUAAAUGCUUUAAGUGAUAAAAAUGGUCCAAAGUACAUCAACUACAGAGAUAGCAAGCUGACAAGAUUACUGAAGGAUGCACUGGGAGGAAACUGUAGGACAGUUAUGAUUGCUCACAUCAGCCCAGCUAGUACCCAGUUCGAAGAGUCGAGGAAUACAUUGGUUUAUGCAGACAGAGCUAAGCACAUCAAGACUAAGGUGCGUAGGAAUGUAACAGAUGUGGCCUACCACAUAGCACAGUACUCCAACAUCAUCUCUGAGCUGAGAGACGAGAUCAUGAGACUGAGAGGUAAAUUGACAGAACAAACUCAGCAGAAACACUCAGUGGCCAACAUACAGGCUGUACAAUCUGAAGUUGUUGAAUCACAGAAGAAAACUGACAAAGCUGAUGUGACUUUCUUUAAAGAACAGUUGCUGACAAGCUUCAAAGAUCAAAUGGAGCUCAGGAAAACCUUGAUGGAAUUGAACAAUGCCUCUAUGGAGAUCAGUCUAGAGACAAAUAGAAACCAGUUGGUGAUUAGUGAAUUUCAAGUGGAAAAAGCUAGAGAACUAAGAAACAGAGAAGGCACCAGCAUGACAGACAAUAAAUUUUCUGAAGAUGAUAAAGAGAAUAAUGUACCUGGGAGUGUUGUUUCCAGUGGAGUUGAACCUGUAGAGGUCCAGAUGGCCAGAAAUGAGCUAAAAGUUCUCCAUGAAGAGAAGCACAAGACAGAGAGAGUCAAGACCACCAUACAGCGUGAGCUUGAGGCGGCUAGAAAUAAAACUCAGAAAUUGGAAGAGAUGAUCCCACUACGAAUCAACAAUGCUGACCAACAAGAGAUCCUCAAACUGUUGUGCAGGGUCCAUCAGCUGGAGAUUGAGUCCCUGGAAGGCCAGUCUGCUGGACUGCUGAGAGACUUUCAAAUCCGACAUAAGGAUAUGGUCAUCACCAAAUUGCAUCACUACAGAAAUAUUUCAGAUGACAUCAUUAACAGACAGAAGCGCAUCAUUGACGAAAACAAUCUGCUCUGUCCACCAGAACUCCUCCAGUUGUAUGAGCUGUACAAAGAAGAGCUGAGUCACAACCUCUUGAAGUGGGAUGAUAUCAGUUCAUAUUCUUCUAUAGACAAAAUCACAUCAUCAAACGCACCAUCGACACCUAAAAUAGAAGAUGUUGAUAAUGAUAGCAACAAAGUUUUUACCCAGAGUGCCAAAGCCAAACAUAUACAGCAAGCAGAACGGUCUAUGUAUCCGCAAGAUCUGGAAAUAGUGGAACAUGUCUCAACCCCAACAGCUCCUUCUCGUAUCUCCUAUGAGGAUCGGACCAUCAUCAAUGCCAACACUCGCAGCAUUGCUGCCCUGGCUGCCAAAAAGAGGAACCAGGCCAACAUUAGUGGGGCCACUGACAAGUUUGGCCAGCGGCCACUGUACCGCCCUCAACCACUUAUUGAUGAUGAUGACUUUGAUCCCUUUGGCACCAAGCUGACACCCAGCCGCCUGGCCCUGCACAACCGCAACAUGAGUGAAGGACUAUACAGUAAUGGCUUGGGAGAUGAUGGGCUUGAAAGGUUCAGCACCAUCACUGACCCCAACUUACCUCCUCUUCGAACAAUCGGAACCAUUGGGAGCAAGCGUAUACAGGAACAGGAAGAGGCACGCAGACGAGCUGUUAGAUAUACUGGGAAUGGAAAUAACAAUAGUUACUUGGAAAAAUCACGCAAACAAGCCAGAAAGAAUGCAGAACAAAAGAACAGAAAUCAACAGAGAAGAAAAAUCUCAACAAACAGCAACAUUCGCUAUGGAGGGGCUCGAGCUGCGGUCAUUGAUGACUCCUCAACUCUAAGAUCCAACACACCUAACACUGUCUUGUCAGAUAUCAACAAGCGGAACAACAAUCACAUACAGAAAAACAAGAAAAUUUCAUCUCAGGGUAUAAACACACUGACGGUCAACCAACCAGAGGAUUUGGUGGACAGCAUAAUACCAGACAGAAAGAUUAGAGGAUUACCAACAAUUCCUCAGUAUAGGAAAGGGGACAUAACUGUCACAGGCACUGCCACCAAUGCUGCCAGAUUUUGAAGAGAUGUUUGAGACUUUUAGUGUCAAGCCCUUUCAGGGUUACCUGUAUUCACCAGUCAUUAGAAAUUGUUGACUAAGUGAUAUAUUUGUUGACCAGAGUUAUUUGUAACCAAUGAUUAAAGUUUAAUUUCCUAUACCUCUGACAAAAGGAAAAAAAAUUAACUCAAAAUGGAAAAUGACAUAGAUUUAGCAACUGACCAGCUGAUACUGAUCUGUCUCACUUAUUGAAUAUUUUAACAAAUUUAUGUUGUUUUUUAUAUUGUUGCCAUGAAUAAUGCUUUCAUACCAAGCUUUUAUCCUAACUUUUAUCACUAUGUCAUAAUGACAUUAGUUUGUAUAAAUUUGUCGUUCAUGUCAAUGGGUUGGAUGGGCGUCAAAGAACAAUCAAUAAAUAUCAGGAACAAUUUUCUGUUGUUGUUGAAACUACCCGUGGAGCACACUUCAAAUGUUUAGUGAAUCUUUUCCUCUUUAACUAACAGAGGACAAGACCAGCUCUCUUUGUCCAAUGUUAUUGUUUGAUAUCAGUUCUUCUCACUGAAAUCUGUUGAUUACAUUUGCAAAGUAUCACAACUUUGGACAGGAUGGAGGGAAUGCGAGAGUGAUCCGACUAGUGGAUGAACAGUUUCUGAACCAAUUUUCCUUUCAUGCACAUUUUAUAAUAUUUCCAUAUUUAUCGUAGCUUCUUUUCAUGAAUAUAGCUCUAGAACCACGGGUAAAUAAAUGUUGUAAAUUUAACUUUGUAAUUGAGUUAUCUGAUGGGUAGAUGAUUGGAACCAGGCAUUGUAAAAUUGUUAUAAUUUUAUUUUUGUAUAAAACAUUUUGACGUUGCUUUACCAUGACAUGUGUCAGCAGUACAUGGCACACAGCAGUGCUGACACAUUGAAUUAUUGCCCUUGUCCCCCCUAAAUAAUACUAGACUUUUUUUUAUGUCAUUGUUUUUAUUCUCUUUAGAGCAAUGCUAGCUUUAUUGGUAGCUAGCGCUAGGGAUGUUCUAUUACACAUGUAACUUUGAUGGGAUGUGUCUAGUGUGAGGGAUGUACUAUUACACUGUCUCUUUGAUGGGAUGUGUCUAGUGUGAGGGAUGUACUAUUACACUGUCUCUUUGAUGGGAUGUGUCUAGUGUGAGGGAUGUACUAUUACACUGUCUCUUUGAUGGGAUGUGUCUAGUGUGAGGGAUGUACCAUUACACUGUCUCUUUGGGUAGAUGUUGAAAGAAAGAGUUUAAGGAAGUAAAUAAAAAUAAAAUUUGGCAGAUCUCUGAAGAUUAUUGAUUCAUGACACAAUGUGAAAUGUAACCCAGAACUCUGAUGAAAGAGCAACAAAAAAGCAGAGCCUCUUUACCUGACAUAUGUGAACACCUGGUAGCUCUUUGUGGAUUCUUUGGGAAGAGGCAGACAAUGCUUCUAUGGAAGAAAAAUAAGUAUUAAGGUUUUCGUUGAGAUAUAGAGGAAGAGGGGAAAGGAGCUAAGCUAGCUUUUUAUUAUACCUGAAGUGUCCUCUACAGAUACUUUUUUUUUUAUACCAGGGCUGUCCUCUAAAUAUAAUUUUUUAAAAAUUUGUAUAUAAUUUUGUUAUACUUGGGGUGUCCUCUAGAUAUAAUUUUUUUUAUACCUGGGGUGUCCUCAACAUAUAAUUUUUUUUUGUACCAGCGGUGUCCUCUACAUUUACUUUUUGUUAUACCUGUUGUGUCCUCUACGUAUAAUUAAAAAAAAAAAUGUUUAUAUAAUUUUUUUUAUACCUGGGGUGUCCUCAACAUAUAAUUUUUUUUUGUACCAGCGGUGUCCUCUACAUUUACUUUUUGUUAUACCUGUUGUGUCCUCUACGUAUAAUUAAAAAAAAAAUUUUUUAUAUAAUUUUUUUUUUACUUGGGGUGUCCUCUAGAUAUACUUUUUUUUAAACCUGGGGUAUCCUCUAGAUCAGGGGUGGGCAACCUUUUUCUACCGAGGGCUGCAUUAAAAAAAUUUGGGGAUUGGCGGGCCGCAUAAAUUUUUUUUUUUUACUCCUAAUUGAGGAAUUACAACAACAGUUAGCAAUUUCUUGAACUAAUUUUAUGAAUAAUUUUUUAAAAUUCUGUCCUUAUCUUUUUACAUCACAACAUUUCACCACAAAUGUAUAGUUGUACUUAAUGUGAAGUAUUUAACUGUUUACAUCUGUGCAUAAUGUUCUGUAACUGUAGAGCUAGCUUACUAGUUGUUUUGUUCUUGCGACUGCUGUCAAAUUACAGUCAUUGAGCAUCGACCUGUUCUAACACUUCAUAAUUUUCAAACAAACGAAAUAAAGCAUGUUCACAGAUGAAUUAGGUUCCGAAUAAUGUGACAGCUUCGCAGCAAAGUUUUCUUAAGUAUGGGAAUACAGCUUCUGGCAGUCAUGAAACUUCUGUGGAAGAACUCACUGGAAUUACUCUUUCAGGUAAUAAUUUGCUUGGAGGUAUUACUUCUGGAGCUGAAUCAGCUUCUGCAUUAAAUGGUGAGCUGAUGGUAUUGAAAACUUGUUCCAAGAUCUUGACGUCUUAAAAUUUGCUUUCAAAUUCCACAAUCAAGGAAUCUAAAUAAGUCUUGUAAUUUCAUCCAUUUCACUAGAAAUAGUUUUACCUUUCAGCUAAGAAAAAUGAUAAGACCCAAUUUCACGCGCUGCCUCAAGAAGUGGAAUAACUUUGUUUGAAAAGAUUUAAGAUGCAGAUACAUUUCAUUUGCAAACAAAACAUUGCAAUGUCUCCAAUGAUAAAAAUGAAGUCUGUCUUCAACUCUUCAUUAGAAAUAUUAGUAACAAAGUCACAGUCAAUGUCCUUCAAUGAGCCUAACUAUUUCUUCCUUAAGAUUCCAUAUUCUUCAAGGCCAGUGGAUACUAUUGUGUUACCGAACAUCGGAAUGUUUUGUUUCCAAAUCUUCAAGUACUUCUCGUAACUGCCAGUCAUGGCCGGCAGAUAAUUGGAGGCCCUUGGCAAAGUGAAUUUAGUGGCCUCAAACAAAAUAAAAACAAGGUUACAAAAGAUAGUUUGUGUAGAAACACAAACUCAAAAUCGGCCCCCGAAGUGGUCCACCCAGGCAGGCUUCAAUAUUUUCAGAAAGAACAUCCGAAUGAAAUUAUAUCAAAAACAAAUGAAAGAUAAGAAUGGAGAAAGAAGGUUAACAGAUCUUGUGUAGUGCCCCAACGGUCCACCACAUCAAAGGAUAGGUGAAAGUGAAUGUAAAGUUAGAUGUGAACCUGGCCUAACUAGUUCCCCUUUCAGACCUUGUGGUCUAUAGGGCAGAUGAUGUAAAGUUCAUCUGUUUUUGUGGCCUACGGUUAAUGAGGGUGUCAUGUAGCCAGCACAACGACCAACCGCCUUUACUUUUCCCCAACUUAUGUCAGGUACCCAUUAGAGCUGAGUGGACUCAGAGGCGCCCAAAGAUUCCAAAAGUUAAAAAUCGCAGUCUUCACCAGGAUUCGAACCUUCGUUUACUUUAAACUUUUUAGAAUGACGUUUAAAGACAAUGUUUCUUUAGCCUCUUCAUGAUAAGUGAUAAGAAUCAGAAGUUUCAAUUAUUUCUAGAUCUAUAGAUAUUUACAAUUAUUUAUAUAAAUAUAUUUGCAUUUUUAUAUGUGUAAUGUGUGGGAACACCUGAUUUCUUUAAUCGUCGGCGGGCCGCAUAAAACACUUCGGCGGGCCGCAUGUGGCCCGUGGGCCAUAAUUUGCCCACCCCUGCUCUAGAUAUAAUUGUCCUCCUCUACAUAAUUUAUUUCACUUAGGGUGUCCAAUGUAUAUAUAUUUAUUGCUUAAUGCCCCCUUCUAAAAAUGUUUUGAAUACUCAGGUCAUUAAAAAUGUUUCGGCGACCUAGAUAGAGGGUGGGUUAAGAGCCUUGACUUGGACACAUUUCUCCUUCCAUGGAAAUGGAAAGUGUUCACGUGAAGACAAAGUUUGAGAAAUGGUGGGUCUAUAUUUAUAUGUUGGGAACCACUGGUUUUAGCAGUUGUUAAGAUUGAAUUGUGAGUGUGUGUUAAUAGUAUUUUUGUCUGCAUCUGUGCUUAUGGCAUUUGAAUGAUUGUGUCAUACCAAGGAUUGCAAUGGUGUUUUAGUUCAGCUAAUCAUUUAUUUACUUGUUUUUAUUUAGACUGGAAUUUCUGAAAGGUUAUCCCAUAAGUCAUUUUUUUCUCCCUUACUUUUGCUUUCUUCCUUGUGUUUUUUUUUCUCUUCAAGUUUAGUAUAAUUUUGAAUGAAAUCAGAAGUCAGUGUUAGGUUAAACCCAGAAUUUCAUAUUGGGUUAUUUUGUGAAACUUUUUGUAUGUUAAACUAUCUUUUAUUAAAUACGUGUAAUAUAUUUUAGAGUAUACAAUUUACAGCUCAAAUUUGUUAACUAUUUCUUUGAUGUACUAUUGUAGUCUAUAUAUAAUUAUACUUUUAUAUUUGCUUUAACUUUAGGGAGGCUACUUCAAAUUUAUCAAUUUAAAAAAUAAAAUUCUUGAAAAAAAAAAAAUAAAGCAAUAGACUUGAUCUUUGAUUACACUUGCAUAAAAUCUGAACUCUUAAAGUUGUCUGAAACAGACUAGAAUGUUCUUAUUUGUCACUUGCCUCUAUUUCAACUCACAAAUAAUAUCAUUGCGGUUCAAGUUGCUCCGUACUAUUAUUAACUACAUGUAUCUAGGUCAGUGUUCUUCUCUUGAUAAAUAUAUAUAUAUAUAUAUAUUACAUUCAUUAACUUUGUCAACACUCAAUACAAAUGUUAUUGCUGAGAGUA